UCAGUGCAAGUUAAUGGAAACACUUCAGCAAUAACAUACACAAUGAAUCGAAUAGUGACACUUCCCGUACGAGGAACUUGUGUGUUUUCGAGAGCACUUUCAGCAAUACCGAAGAACUCUCACCUAAGUAAAAUCAGUAAAAAACAGCUGAUCCCCAAAAGAUGGAUGUCAAGUGCACCAAAUCCACCCAAACAGUUAUCUUUACCUGCUCUUGGUGUGUUUGUAGGGGUCACAGCAGGGAUUUUUGUCUACUUCAAACAGAAAAAGCAGGAUUUACCAGAUGGAAAAUCUGAAUCUCAAGAUGAAGCUAAAGAAACUAAAGAGGUGGAGGUGGAGGUGGAAUUACCACCACCCGUCUUACCCGACCACGCUCAGUAUCUCAUCAUUGGUGCUGGUACAACUGCUUUUACAGCUUAUCAAGAGAUAAAAGCCAGAGACCCUAAGGCUAAGGUAUGGAUCCUUGGGAAGGAAAAACAUAUACCUUACAGUCGUCCUUAUCUGUCUAAAUAUUUGUGGUACUUAUCUCCAGAGAAGAUUAAAGAGUGGAUGAAUCAAGACCAUCCUGUGGGGUCAAGAAGUAUUUACUUUGAGAAUGAGAGCUAUUACUUCACAGCAGAGGAGCUUAUGGAAAACGAAAAUGGAGGUGUUUGUGUUAUAGGCGGCCAACAGGUAGUAAAAUUAGAUGCAGAUAAUAAGAAAGUACAUGUGGAGUGUGGAAAAACAAUCAGCUUUGACAAAUGUCUUAUAGCUACAGGUGGUAAACCAAGGAAUCUGAGUGUGUUUAAAGAAGCAUCAAAACAAGUUCAAGACCAUGUGACUGUAUUUCGGACAGCUGAUGACUUCAAUAAACUGUAUUCUAUAACCUCAUCAGCGAAGUCAGUUGCAGUUAUAGGUGGAGGAUUUCUGGGCAGUGAGCUGGCAGUAUCAAUGCAAAACAGAGCCAUCCAGGAUGAAACAGGUUUAGCUGUAACCCAAAUUUUCCCUGAGCGUGGCAACCUUGGAUUAGUGCUGCCUGAACAAGUAUGUAGAUGGUUGACAUCACAUGUGGAGUCAGAAGGAGUAAAGGUGUUGAGUGAAAGGACAGUUAGCUCUGUAGCAUUCAAGGAUAAUAAAGUGGUACUCAACCUUAAUGACAAUACUGAGAUAAAAGCAGACCAUGUUGUUGUAGCAGUGGGACUGGAGCCUAAUGUGGAUUUAGCAGAAGCAUCAGGUUUGGAGGUGGACAGUAAUCUUGGUGGUUUCUUGGUCAACUCUGAGUUGGAGGCCAGGAGCAAUAUAUGGGUGGCUGGAGAUGCCGCCUGUUUCUAUGACAGGAGGCUUGGUCGGCGAAGGAUAGAACACUAUGAUAAUGCUGAGCAAAGUGGUCGCACAGCUGGUCUAAAUAUGACUGGAGGAGGUCGGUCCUAUACGUAUCAGUCUUCAUUUUGGUCAGACAUUGGUGAUAUUUUAUUUGAGGCUGUGGGCCUUGUGGAUUCUAAGCUGGAAACUACCACCGUUAGUGAACUUAUUAAGGAUGUUGAGGAUGGCAAGAACAGGAAAGUUGUAUUCUACAGAAAAGGAAAGGAAGUUGUUGGCAUUCUCACCACAAACAUCAGACAUAAAACAGAUCUAGGACGCAGGUACAUCGAUUUAGGCCUCAAAGAAAACGACAUAGGGGAGGUUGCAAAGCAGUUUUUUGCAAAAGAAGAAAAAAAGGAAGACACAAGUGAAAAUAAAACAGAAAACAACUCAAACUAAUUUUUAGAAAGUGAACACCAUGAAAGAUUUCUCACGUUUGAAUGGUUUCUUCAUCUUCACUGACACUCUAGGAACAUUAGGAUUGUGUUUUCAGUUAGCUGGAGGUUCUGUUAACUGAUGACAAUUAGUAUAUGAAACAUUAGUGAUUUAGAUCAAUUUCAUACAAAAGUACAUGUGAUGUACCAAAUGCAUGAGGUUCUGGACAAGAAUUUAUAUUUUGUUACAUGAUACAUAUAAAUGUGUGCUGUUACGUAUUCAACUGCUCCAAACAAUAUUCAUCAGUUAUUUUCCACAGCUGUGUCUCUUUAUAACACAUUCUUUCUCUUUCUUUCAGAAAUCUAAUGAAUUUUGUAUAUGACUAUCUAUUAAACCCUAGAUGGACAUGCUUAAUGUCUAAUGCUUUUAAUGAUAUUUGAAUUGUGAUACUGUAAAACUAUUCAUUUUUGUGGGAGAUUUAUUUUCUUUUAAUUCAUGGGUACACUAAAUCAUACGACCAUGAAGUGAUGGACAGAUUAAAGUUGUUGUGGAUUAUAGUACUAGUGGAUUUAAUGAGCGAGAUUUAUUCACAAAAUCAAGUGUCAGUGAAAAUAUGUGAAAACCAUGAAAUUCACUCCCCACAAAAAUCUAUGGUUUUAAGUAUUACAUUAAUAGCAAUCUUUAAGUGAAAUGAAUUUUCUCAGGAUCACAUGUACUAAAGUAAUGAAAUAAAGGACAUGUUUCUAUUUUUCUUGAAA